UAACUGCCAACCCCUGCCUCAUGAAAUAUUCCAGACGCGAUCGCUUCACUGAGGCGCGUCUCACCGAAAAUCUGCAGCCUCGUCACUGAUCCGCCCCAAAACAUCGCGCAACAGGCUCCUUGGCUUCAUGUGCCAGAAAUUGAAAUGAGCAAUGGGCACCAAAAAAGGAACGGCGGCAACCGGGAAACGGGCAAGAUUGCAGAAUGAGGAGGACCAGUCGUCGGCAGUGAAAAGGCAGCGAACCAAAUCUUCAGAGCAAACGGACGACCAGGAAACCAAACCAUUGACCGGCACUUCUAGCGCACAAUCAGGACUUGGCCGCAUUCGGGCUUCCCGACUUGCAAAGGAGUCAUCGGAAGACGCGUACGAAGUUCCUGCCUCGGAAGAGGAGCCUCCAAGGCCGCCGCGACCGAGGCAGGUCCUUCCGCGGACCAACGGCGAAACACGGGUUGGAAAAGGCAAAUCUUCUUCCAGCAGCCAGAAGAGCAGCGUCUAUGAUGUGCCGGACUCCGACGAGGACGAGCUCGCCAGUGCUGCUGUGGCGCCGCGCCCGAGGCGCCAAAAGCCAGACAGCGCAGCUCCCGGGGCGGACAAGAUUGAGCCGGCCUCGGCCGCUACAGGUCAGGAAGCCGGGAAGAAGAAGCGCGGUCGUCCCAGGAAGCGGGAUCGCGAGGCGAUCGCCACGGCCCAGGUCGCGGAGGUCUCGACUACCGCAAGGCCAGCUCAGCGAACUCGCCGGCCAGCUGGCCGCGGCAGCCCACCCACCCACUUGCCCGCAGAAGGAACUGCGGAGUCGGAUGGACGUGUGGAGGUCACGAACGGGUUAGUUGAGACGAGGGUCGGAGCAAAAGCCGCGGCAGAUGUGAAGCUGGGCGGAGACGCUGCGGUGCCCAAGGGCAUCUUAACCCCACGGGGAAGGAAGAGGGCGUUGGACGGACCACAAAAGAACGUCUCCUUUAAGAAUCAGACGGAUGAUGACCAAGCACGCGCCAGGUUAGCUGCUGCGUCCCCGUCCAAGUCGGCCAGGAAACGGCGCGAGGCAGCGGAAGCGAUGGACGAGUUGCAGGUCGGCGAUCCUCAAGAUGACGAGGAAGAAUCUCCGGGCGAUGAGCGUGGGGAAGAAGAGGAGGAGGAGGACGACGACGACGAAGUCUGCGCUAUCUGCUCCAAGCCCGACUCGGAACCGCCCAACGAGAUUGUGUUUUGUGACAACUGCGACAUGCCCGUGCACCAAGAGUGCUACGGACUUGCCGAGAUUCCGGAAGGCGACUGGAUCUGCCGCAACUGCUCGCAGGAUGACGCCACCAAGUCUAACAUAGACGCUACAGGCCAGGUGAAGACCACUGUGGUUCCACGGGAGGAGCAACGUCCAGACAUACCCAACUUUGAACAACACCUUCGCUCGAUGCAGCGGGUGUUGCUGGAUCGCUGCACCGGCAAGCGCCGGAUCAAGCUUCGUGGACAGGACGAAGCAUACAACAAGGCCUAUCAGCUCGUGGAGCAGACAGUGGUGGCAGGCGAGGGCAAUUCCAUGAUGGUGAUCGGAGCCCGGGGGUGUGGCAAGACUACAUUGGUCGAAUCCAUCAUCGACGAACUGUCAAGGAAGCACCAAGAUCAGUUCCACGUUGUCCGGCUGAGCGGGUUUAUCCACACAGACGAUAAGUUGGCCCUGAGGGAAAUAUGGCGGCAGCUUGGCAAGGAGAUGGAUGUCGAAGACGAGCUGGUCAACAAGACCACGAACUACGCCGACACCAUGGCCUCCCUGCUCGCUCUGCUAUCGCAUCCCUCCGAGAUUGCAGAAGCUCCGGAGGGUGUAACUUCUAGAUCCAUCGUUUUCGUGAUCGACGAAUUCGAUCUCUUUGCGACGCACGCCCGGCAAACGCUCCUUUACAACCUCUUCGAUAUCGCGCAGGCUCGCAAGGCGCCGAUCGCGGUGCUGGGCCUGACAACGAGGUUCGACGUGGUAGAAAGUCUCGAGAAGCGAGUCAAGAGUCGAUUCAGCCAUAGAUACGUCUACUUGUCGCUGCCAAAGAGCCUCCCGGCGUACUGGGACGUGUGCAGGCAAGGACUCACCGUCGACAAGGAGGACAUGGCCCGGGAGGGUAUCGACCAGGAACUGAAGGGUCACGACGCCUUUUGGGACUGGUGGAAUAACAAGAUUGACUCCCUUCGCAAAUCGCAGAGCUUCACAGACCUCCUUGAAUCGCACUAUUAUAGCUCGAAAUCGGUCUCGGCUUUUUUGAUGGCAUGCAUCCUGCCGCUCGCGAUGCUCUCUCCGGCGGCGCCAUCAUUGCAAAUCCCCAUGGCUGCUGGACUCGACGUGUCCCUGGAGCCGCCAGACUCCAAGCUGCACCUGCUUGGGUCGCUCUCGGACUUGGACCUCUCGAUGCUCAUCGCCGCCGCGCGGCUGGACAUUGUGGCGCACACCGACACGGUCAACUUCGCCAUGGCCUACGACGAAUACACGUCGCUCAUGGGCAGGCAGCGAGUGCAGUCGGCGAGUUCCGGGAUGCUCGCUCUCGGGGGCGGAGCGCGGGUAUGGGGCCGCGGUACCGCAGGGAUGGCGUGGGAACGCUUGGCUGCGCUCGGCCUGCUCGUUCCCGCUGCAGCGGGCGGCAGGGGCACUGCCGGUCUGGGAGGCUUGGACGCCAAGAUGUGGAAGGUGGACGUCGCACUCGAGGAGAUUCCGGCCGCGGUCAAGUUGAACGCGGUCCUGGCGCGGUGGUGCAGAGAGAUCUGAUCCCCCUCCCGGGGAGACUUGUCUUUGCAUUCACAUACAAUAAUACACAGUACUGUACGGAUUACUGUACAUUGAAUACGCCAGCGACAUCUGUCCGAAUUGUGGGAUGCGAAACCCCGUCCUGUCGACCAGCAUAUCUCAAUCCUUCGGUGGCUGCGACUUCGUUAUUAGCGACGUGGGACGAGCAGCGAUCUUCCAAAAGCUUCAGGGUUGUUAGCGGGCUUUUCUUGCGCCCCGUUCUUGGUUAGGGGUCCAAUCGCGAGUCCGGCUGCAUUAGACGGACUGUCCGGGAUCCGGCCCCCCAGGAGUGCUAUUUUCGGGUGCACCGCCAUGCUUGACCGCCCCUUAACCCACGUGGC